AUGUCCACUGGAAAGGUUCCGCUGAGGGUUCAUGAUGUUAUCAUCAAAGGUAAUUCGAAGACUAAGGACUAUUUGAUCGAGGCUGAAGUGGAAAAUAUCAAGAACGCCGCCACUAUGCAAGAGCUGCUCGAGGCUGCUGGAAUUGCCAAUGCUAAGCUUCAAGCGCUUGAGAUCUUUGACUCGGUUCGGGUCACGCUCGAUUCCGAUCGGCUUGAAUUGCCUGGGACCGCUAAUGUGGUCGUUGAGGUCGUCGAGACCAAGAACCCUCUCUACGGCGAAUGCGGUGCCUACACUAAACCUGCGGGAUUUGAUCUUCGUUAUGCUUUGCCUUUUAGAUUCUAUAACUUUGCACUUAAUUUGAGAAUCUCUGGCGGUGUUAUUUUCCCACAGGGGAGUGGAUUCUUGGACAAGCUCUCAUCCCUUCCUUUAAGGUUCUUUUUGGGUGGUGAUUUCUCUCCAGUUUGCACUGUGGCAGGGCCAACAACAGUGUGGGGAUUUAAGACAAGUGGAAUAGGGCCUACAGAGCCAAGAAGGCAAAAUGGUGAUAAACUUGAUGGAGAGAGUUCCGAUUCUUUCCAAAGAGAUGUUGGCGGAGACCUUGCUGUUACUGCAUUUGCAGAUCUAUCCUUUGAUCUUCCUCGGCGCUGGUUAAGAGAACAUGGAAUGCAUGGACAUAUUUUUGCAGUUCUGGGAACCUGGCGAAAUUGA